AUGCUGAGCGGCGACGAGGGAAAUGACCAGCAGAGAGUGGGAGUGGACCCGAGGCCUCAUCCAGGGCUUGGCGAGGAUGCAGGGAGCGCCGGCACUGGUGCUCCCUGUGGCUGCGGCAAGACCGAACUAGGGGGUGAUUUCUUUUCCGGGAAACACGGUAUGCAGAUUGAUGGGGUGUAUUGUAAAAGUGUCUAA